AUGGAGACAGAUAAUGCGGGUGACGACUUCUCAGCCGCCAAGCAGAACGACUGCCCGGCUAUUGACUUUCGGCCGGCAAAACGAUGGGGGGCAAGCAAGCAGGAUGUAUGGUCCGUUAUCAACGAAGGUGCUGAGGCCUCUCGCAUCAAGCCAUGCGUAAACAUCAGUGGAUGGAACCCUCCGGAGUUCAUCCGUGAAGCGGCUAAGCAGGCCCUGGACCGCUUCGAGUGCAACAAAAAUGGUUCAACCAAGGGUCGCUCGCGGCUUCGGGAGGCCAUAUCCAAGGGAAUGCUUAGUGUAUGGAUGGCGUUUCUGAUUCCGGGUGAUGAAGUUAUCCUUUUUGAGCCCUACUUUGACCAAUAUCUGGACGGCAUUUAUAUGGCUGGGGGCGUCAUUCGAUGCGUUCCUCUGAGAUCUCCUGCGAAGGCAGACAUUGCAAUCUGCUCGUCCUCUGAGUGGACCAUCAAUUUCGUCGAGUUGGAACAGUCAAUUACCUCACGCACCAAGAUGAUUGUGAUAAAUACCCCGCAUAACCAUACAGGAAAGAUGUUUUCACGCGAGGAGCUGCGGCACAUCAGUGACAUGAGCGUUCGACAUAACCUGAUUUUACUCAGCGACGAGCAACGAACUAUCAGCGUUGGAUCUGUAGGGAAGCAUUUCUUAUGUACUGGCUGGAGGGAAGCAGCUGCGGCUGCGUAUGAGCAAAGCCUAUGUAACGGCUUUUGGUCGCAGACGCGCACGUUGGUUCGAGAGAAAAUGAUCAGGCUUUGCCAGGUCUUUCAGGAAUUGGAUCUUCCCUACACAAUCCCGGAAGGCAGCUAUUUUGUCCUCGCUAAUCUACUCAAAGUCCAGAUUCCUAGGGUGUAUAGGACUCCGCCACAUAUCCGUGACCGCAGAAGGGAUUCCCUGCUGGCACGGUUCUUGAUCAUGGGACUGGGUGUGACAGCCAUUCCUGCGAAUGAAUUUUGCAGCCCGGAGCACCCAUGCUUGGGAGAGAACUAUCUUCGCUUUGCGGUGUGCCAGGGCGAUGACAUACUGGAUUUAGCCAAGGCCAGGCUUCGCAGAUUGCAAUUAUAUUUAACUGGCUAA